UUCUGGCGCGUGUAACGCGUACCAAAGCUUUUAAACUAAACCAGCUCUCUCUCUCUCUCUCUCUCUCUCUCUCUCUCUCUCUCUCUCAGUUUGAAGCUCUGUUACUUAUUUUUUUUUGCUUAAAUUCCAUGGCUUUUCAAGACCAGACGCAGCAAAACCAAGAAAGCCAAAACCGAACUUAACCCCAAAAAGAAGAGCUGAGCUUAGAGAGAGAAAGAGAGAGAGAGAUUGAGUGGACUCACUACUCGCACUUUCAGGGUCCCAAAACCCAGAAGAGAAAAGAGAAAAAGAGCAGAGAGAGCACAGAAAGCAGUAAUGGGGGAUAUGUAUGACAAAAGCAUUUGCUCAUCAUCUUCGGCACCCGACGAAAUUUCGCUUUUUCUACAGCAGAUUUUGGUACGGUCUUCUUCUUCAUCAAUGAAUACGCAGUUUUCGUUGACGUCUCCCGGUAAUAAUCUGAGCCGUAUGUGUCCGUCGUCGCAGAUGGUCGGAGAUGGGAUCUCGGCCGUUGAUUCUUCCGGUGCUUAUUUCGUGGGAAAUAAUAGUAUAAAUAAUACGAGUGGCGGCGUGGCGGUCAUAGCUCCUAAUAAUGUGUCGUCUUCUUCGGUGGGAGCUAGUGAGAAUGAGAACGAUGAGUAUGAUUGUGAGAGUGAGGAGGGUUUGGAAGCAUUGGCGGAAGAUGUUCCAGCAAAAAGUGUAAUGGGUCGAGGUUCCUCGAAGAGAAGCAGAGCCGCCGAAGUUCAUAACUUGUCUGAAAAGAGAAGGAGGAGUAGGAUUAAUGAGAAAAUGAAAGCAUUACAGAAUCUAAUUCCAAAUUCUAACAAGACGGACAAGGCUUCAAUGCUGGAUGAAGCCAUUGAGUAUCUCAAGCAGCUUCAACUUCAAGUACAGAUGUUAGCAAUGAGAAAUGGAUUGAGUUUGCAUCCAGUAAGUCUACCUGCAGCACUGAAUCCUGCUCAUCUCUCCCAUAUGAGAAGUGACUUUGGUGAGGAAAAUAGAUCUCUACCUCUGAACAUGACAGGGACAUUUCCUAUGAAUCAAGAAACUUCAACCCCAAGUCUAUAUUCUAUUCCAAAUCAAUGCACUUCCUCAAACCAGCAACUGGUACCGGACAUGUUAAAUAUACUUAACUCAGAAGUCACAGUUGGGAUGGAAUCACAAGUUCAGGCUCACAUAGGGGCCUCUUUUCAAUUGCAAACAUCUGCUCAGGAAAUAUCCAGAGAAAACAGACUCCAUCCCCACCAACAUACAAGCCUUAAUCAGUUAGAGAGAAGUCCUUCAGAGUUUGACAUGGGAGCCAUGGCUACAGUGACUUCAUUCAAUAGACAAGCAUCGGUCUUGAAGGGCAAUGAUUCUUUAGAAACUUGUUCUCUUGAAGGAGAUUGGUCAGAAGGUGGGUUACUUAAGGCUCUAGAACAAAGUCUAUUACUUCCCACCCAUUUGAAUAGCAUGAGGACAGGUAGAUCUUGCUCAAAUGACAACAGCAUCAAGGCUGAAAGGGCAAACCUAUGACUCUCUCAACUUUCCAGACUUAGUGUAGCUAUAUAAGAUUAUGACCUGCUUCUAAGCCGAACAUCAGUUUAGGUAUAUCUUUUUUUUCUUUUUCUUUUCUUUUUUGAAUGCUUGAAGCCUUGAACCUGGGAAAAAGCUUGUUACGUAGCUUGCAAAAGUAUAUAUGACUUAUUUUUUCUCUUCCAUUUUCUUAAUCUUAGUGACCACAUUGAUAUUUUUACAUGUUGUUGUAUCUACGAGAAGCAGACUUAAAUCAUGUAAAAGAAAAUCUAUUGUAUGAUAUUAUCAACAUGACAUGACAUGACAUCCUUGAUGAGCAAAA